CACCCCUGAAGUGAGAGCGCCGUGCCCGGCUCCUCCGCCACCAUGGCGGUGAUGAAGAUGAAGUUCACCUUCCAGAAACGGGUGAAGCUCGCCCAGGGGCUGUGGCUGCUCUCCUGGGUCGCCUGUGUCUGCGGAGCCAUCACCUUCACCCUGGGCGUCUUCCUCAAGACGGAGCUGCGCAGGAGGAGCGAGGUGAUGGACAACACCGAGAUCCACGCAGUACCCAACACGCUCAUGAUAGUGGGCCUGGCCUCCAUAGGCAUCAACUACUUUGCCGGACGCAUCUCCCAGGAUGCCCUGGACCCCAGCCGUUUCCCACGAUGGAAGAGCUUCCUGCAGCCCUUCUUUACCGUGGCCAUCUUCUUCACCUUACUUAUGCUGGUGACGGUUAUCAUGAGCUAUGCCAUGAAGGGAAACCUGGAGGCCUCGCUGAAGAUCGGCCUGAAGAACGGCAUCCGCUUCUACAAGGACACAGACACGCCAGGCCGCUGCUUCCAGAAGCAGACCAUCGACAGGCUACAGAUGGAGUUCCAGUGCUGCGGCAAUACUGACUUCCGCGACUGGUUCGAGGUGCAGUGGAUCAGCAAUCGCUACCUGGACUUCAGCUCCAAGGAAGUUAAGGAUCGCAUCAAGAGCAAUGUGGACGGGCGCUACCUGGUGGACGGGGUCCCCUUCAGCUGCUGCAACCCCUCAUCCCCCCGGCCCUGCAUCCAGUACCGUCUCACCAACAACACCGCCCACUACAACUACGAGUAUCAGACCGAGGAGCUCAACAUCUACAUCCGCGGCUGCCGGGAGGCCCUGGUCAAUUAUUACAUGGGCCUGAUGAACACCAUCGGUGGAGUGGUGCUCUCCAUCUUCCUUGUCCAGAUGUCUGUGCUGGUGAGCCUGCGCUUCCUGCAGACUUCCAUGGAGGCCGUGGCCGGGCAGGAGAACGUCGAGAUCGAGACAGAAGGCUACGUCCUGGAGAAGGGGGUGAAAGAGACGGCUAAGGAAUUCAAGGACAAGGUGCUCAAGCUUCUCCAACUGAACCAAGUGCAGGCAGCCGAGGGUGGGGAGCAGAAAGCAGAGGCUGGGGCCGCCGCACCCGCCACGCCGGCCAGUUAAGGGACACGAAUGAGAGUUCCCGAGGAGAGAAAGGCGAUACUUCAUUCAAUGUAACGUCACUUUUUCGAUUGCCCACUUUCUUUGUUUUUUAUCCCCCUUGUUUCACGCCGUUCCCUCUUAAUGCAUUCAUAGUUCACACACACACACACACACACAC